CCUAUUUGGACCUCGGCACUUCCAGGUUGGUCGUCGCAGCUUGCCCAAUGGAUGCGAACUGCGCUCGACAGCAACAACCGAACUCGCUGUUGGCCGACAAUCCACACAACGAAUCCCCCUCCCCUUCCCCCAUCUGAAUGAUGACCUAGUGCCUGCCGCAACUGCCGCCAUGUCGGUCGACCGCCUCCUCACGACGGUGCUGCAGCUGUACCAGGACGUGCACGACGAUGCGCGCACCGAGCAGAUCCUCGGGUCGACCACGGCCCUGCUCACGCGCCUGUCGAACCCGCUGAACAUCUCGCUGCUCACCUCCCAAUUGCUCAUCGCCCCCGCGAUAUGGGCCCGCCGCGACCCCAUGCGCACCUGCUACCGCAUCGUCAGCAUCUACAACACCGCCGCCAUCCACGUGCGCCGCAACGAGAUCGAGUACGACGCGGCCAAGAAGAAGGGCGAGCAGCGAGCCGCCGCCGGGCUGCGCAGCGACGCAUGGACCGCAGCCGUGCUCAAGGGCGCCGACGACCAAUCCGGCCGCUGGCAGCAUCUGCUGGUCUUCAGCGGCGUGCUGAUGGGCAUGGAGAGCGGCAACCGCCGCUCGCUGAGCAGGACCAUGCGUGCCACCGUCGAACGAGCAGUCGUCACUGCCGCAAACCUGGCCCUCCGCAUCAGGCCUCCCGAGCCCCAAGCCCCGCCGGGCCCCGUGGCGCUGGCGCUCACCUACGCCUUCCCGCUGCUGUCGGAGUCCUCGCUCGCCGGCCUAGAUUGCGACGCGCUCGUGCCCGUCGCGACGAGGGCGAUGCUCGGCGGAGAUGGCCUGCAGGACGGCCUCCUCCUCGCAACAAUCGAUUACGACGUGCGGCAGGCCGAGCAGAAGUUCAUGUGGGCCGAGAACGCGCCGUCAUACCUGCACCUACAGCAGCUCGAGCAGAAGCCGCUCGUAGCAAGCCUAGGGCCGUUGUCGAGGCUGCUGGCGCACGCUGUCCAGCAUGCGCGCGAUUCCCACGUGGUUCUGCAGCUCCAGGACGACCUAGUAGCCUUCACGGCGAAGCUCCUGCGGCUGUGGCAGGCCAACAAGCUCUCUGAGCUGGAAUUAUCAGAAGAGGGCUUCUUCCUCACCCCCGAGACGCUCGAGCGCACCUGGCCGGCGCUCUGGCAGUUUCUCAAGAAGACCAUGUACGCCGUUGUCGCCGUACUCCACGCGGUAGUCGCCCGGAGUCUCUUGGACCGUCACCUGAGGCAGCACGCCGUUGCCCCGCUGGUCGCCACCAAAACCCUCCUCGCCCUCCGCAACCUCUACUUCAUCUCGUCUCGCGACGGCAGCGACGCCUUCCAAGUCUACACCUUCACCUACCUCACGUCCAUCGACACGCUUGCCCGCUAUGGCCCAGCCUGCGCCGCCUUCCUCCGCGAGAUUGCCCCCUCCCCGUCGCUCUUCCCGCCUUCCCAAUCCCCAAUUCCUCCUCACCCCCUCCAUCGCACCCUCGAUCUCUUCUACCUCAACAUCGCCGAACACCUCCCGCUCAGCCUGCCGCCGGCCGAGUGCGACGCCUUGAUCAUCCAGCCGGCGAUCACCUACCUCCACCCCCCAGCCAACCACAACACGCCGCACCCGAACCCAACCCCGGACCCGGCAGCGCGCCUGCCCCCGCGCAUGCGCGCCCUCUUCGAGGCCGCCCACAGCGCCGUGCUGGCCGUGUUCGCCUGCCCGGCCAACGCGCCGCUGGCCGCCGCGCUCGCGCCCUUCUACGCCGAGACCCUGCUCGCCGCCUUCCCCGCCCACAUCUCGCCGCGCCAGUUCCGCCUCGCCUUCCGCACCGUCAUGCAGAUCCUCAGCCCGCCCUUCCCCGUCAGCGCGAGCCACCCGCUGCUGGCCGAGACCAUGCUCGAGAUGGUGCGGUACCGCGCCGUCGCGAGCGGCGCGGCCGGCACGGCCGUGUUGCCGCCCGUCGAGCCUGCCAGCAGCAGCAGCGGCGGCGGCGGCGGCGGCAGCCAGGACGCGAACACGAACGCGGACGGGCCCGUGUCGGAGCAGAGCACGCUUGUGCUGACGCUCGUCGACGCCCUGCCGUUCCUGGACGGCGGCAUCCUCGAGGAGUGGCUGGCGCUCACGGCCGCGACUGUACACGAGAUCCGCGACGCCGGCCUGCGCGAGGUCGUCCAGCGGCGCUUCUGGGACGUGCUCGGCAGCGGCGAGAUGGACGUCGAGAGGGCCGCCCUGGCGCUCGCAUGGUGGGGGACGAAGGGCGGACGCGAGGCCGUGCUGUUUGGUGCGAGGGGGCACGUGCCGCCGCCGCCGCCGCCGCCGCCGCGAGACCAGGACCGGGACGUGUAUGUGAUGAGUGGCGCCAUUGUCGAGGAUGCUGCGCCGGCGAGUAAGCUGUGAAUGUCGGUUAGUGGACGGGGAGCAUGAUAGACGAGCUCGGCAUUGCCCCGGCAGGGAUCUAAGUGGCUGGACCUAUUGGCUGUGCAGACAGGGAUCGCCCGGCCAGGCCCGGAGUCACC